ACGAUGUAAACCAUACGCCAUGACCGUCUCAGUCAUCAGAUCUCAACCUCAUGCCACCGUGCAUUGAAAUUGCUCUGGCUCGUGGUGGCCCAUGUUGGUGUUUCCUUUAUUUUGGCAGUUACCGGUCGUUUACUUCACGGAUGAGUGAGUUGAUUCUGGGCGGAAAGAGGAAGCUGGUUAAAUAGGCUGCUAGGGUGACUACGAUGUAGCAACACUGUAACAACGGAGGAAUCGGGUUUGAAACAGAGUUAAUUAACAAAGCGGAAGACAUUUUAUAAAGACAAACGACUUCCAGUAGUUAUUUUUGACUGCAUUUACGUGGUGAACUUUCAAAACUUGAGUGUGACACCUUUGUUACCAUGUAUGAGGAUGAAUGAGACCAUGCUCUUUGUGGAGGAAGAAGAGGUGGACAAGACAAAUCAGCAGGUUGAAGAGGACAAUGUCUCCAGGAAGAUGGUUACUGUCGACUGGGACCAAUGGGACAAGCUACUGCUGCCCUCUACACUGGACUCCGGUGUGCACAGUCUGGACACAGUGUAUGACAGAACCACUGUGAUGAUUGAACAAGACCCAGUGGGUUCUAGAACUGACAAUAAAGAGGAGGAAGAGGACCUGAUGAUGUACCUACAUGAGGGAUGUGAGACGGAGGGCCGUGGAGGCCUGGAAGACCACUGGCAGGCCAUGUCACAGGGGUACAUCCACCACACCAUCUCCCAGGACCAGAUCCAGUUUACCAUCAACCCUGGUUCCACACCCAUGCCCCGGCACAUCCAGGGGGCCACCAUCACACUGCACUCGGAGUGCCCAGAUACCCACCACAGCGAGGUGAAGCGUUACCAGUGUCUAUACGAGGACUGUACUCGUACCUACAGCACAGCAGGGAACCUUCGGACCCACCAGAAGAGACACAGAGGAGAAUACACGUUUGUCUGCAACCAGUUGGGUUGUGACAAGGCCUUCCUUACCUCCUACAGUCUGAAGAUCCACGUCCGCGUUCACACCAAGGAGAAGCCCUUCGAGUGUGACCAACAGGGCUGUGAGAAGGCCUACAACACACUGUACAGGCUGAAAGCCCACCAGAGACUGCACACAGGGAACACGUUUAACUGCGAGUCGGACGGAUGCACCAAGUACUUCACCACUCUGAGUGACCUGAGGAAACACAUCAGGACACACUCCAAGGAGAGGCCCUUCAGAUGUGACCAUCCUGGCUGUUACAAAGCGUUCACCUCUAGUGACCAUCUCCAAACACACAUCCUGGGACAAAUAGGUGAAGGCGAUCCACCCCUCCUUCAGGUGGACACAGAUGGUGAUAAGUCCCUAAGCCCCUCCAACAGUCCGAGGGACAACAUCAAAAGUCACGACCCUGGACCGUCAGCUGACAUAAUUCACAGCCACUCCCUCUCAGACGAUGUGAAACCUCGUUCCCCAUGUCUCAGUGAUAUGAGCCUGAUUUCCACUGAUUCUCAGUUCAGAGAAAAUAAUUCUGAUGCCCUGGACCUGGUGUUUGAGAUGCUGUUUCAAGACAAGCCCCAGCCACAGGAUGUGUCAUCGGGGGCAGUGCCCUCGUGUAGUUUGGAGAACCCAUCUCUAACCGUGGUGCUUCCAGAAGCAUCUCACCCUUUCAUUUCUACCUGUCCUGAACCCUCUGACUCUACCCCUAGUGAACCCCGUCCUGUACCCCAGCCCACCGCUCUCCUCACCCCUGGUGAACCCUGUCCAGUUCCUGUCUCUCUCAUGAUCAGUGAUACACCUAACCAUGAGGUGAAUCCAGAACAGCCAUCCAAUCAGAGCCUACCACAACAACCUGCAGCAUCCCUCCAUUCCCAACCAGGCUCCACCCAGAGUGUACUACCACAGCCAACCACCACCCUCCAUUCCCAACCAGGCUCCACCCAGAGUGUACUACCACAGCCAACCACCACCCUCCAUUCCCAACCAGGCUCCACCCAGAGUGUACUACCACAGCCAACCACCACCCUCCAUUCCCAACCAGGCUCCACCCAGAGCGUACUACUACAGCCAGCUGCCAUGUCCUCCAUCUAUUCUCAACCAGGCCCAUACCCUCCACCCCCCAGCUCCUCCCUCCAGGCCCCACUAACACCCCUCUCCCUGGGGUACUCUACUCCUCCUACAGUCCCUGCCCACAGUACCAUCCAGCCCAUCACCUUGUCCACUCAGAACCUCCAGUGGCUGUUGAACAGUGUCAAUGACCCGAGGCUGCAGGACAUGCAGACACAGCUAUCCCAACAACAAAGUGGCUCGACACUAGAGAAGCUCUAUUUCACCACAGAAAUACCAAUGGGAGGGAACACAGGGACAGCUCUGCAGCAGAUAGGCCUGAGUCUGCCUGUCAUCGUAAUUAGACAGGGAGAGUCAUGCCAGUGUCGGUGCCCCUGCAGAGACGGCAGCACAGCAUCAGACACAGAGAAACAGACUGGUGCCCAGUUCCAUCAGUCCCAAGACCUAUCAACCCAGGACCCACCCCCUCAGCCCCAGGUCCCACCACCCCAGCCUACUCCAACAUAGCAGCCUCAACCUCCACCUGUACAUCCCCCAUGAAAAUUCAAGUCAACCUUUUUAUUACUGGAGAAACCGUUCCUGUUCCUUAUCCAACUGAGGUGUCUCUAUGCACUGUGCUGUGUACUUAACUCUUUCUGUUGUUAAUACCUAGUUCAAGAUCAGGUCUCCAUACCCUCCURCAUAACCUCAAUCAAUAGUAACCCAACCAACCCCAGACUGGUUGCUGAGGGUAGAAAGCAAUCAUGUGCUACAUUUCAGUGUGGAUCAGGUCAAUUCUGGUAGUGGACUAGCGGUCUAUUAUGAAUUGGGCUUGAACAGUGGCUGGCCGCUGAAUGUAGUGUGGAAAACGGUUGACUAGAGCACAAAUCCUCUGUAGCAACAUUCCUUUUUACAUCCAGUCCCACUGGAAACAUUAAAGGUGACAUUUAUUCCUGAUGGCGCAGAAAGAAAAAGCGUUGUUGUUAAAACAGACUAUCACUCCCCAUGCAGUACUUAGCAUUGCAUUUUUUGCCAAAUGUGUGUGGAAUGCAAAUUGUUAUGGCAUCGCGUGCGUCAUGUAUCCGUACCGUUUCAUUCUGAACCUGCAAAUGAUCUCUGUGUAUUCAAGGAUGUCGAAUAAUGGGAGAUGUAAGUAGCAAAUGCUGCUCUAACAAUACAGUGCAGUACAUUUAGACACGAGCAAACUAACCUGGCAAUGCAAAACUAUUUGUUUUUUCUUCAAUGUUCACAAUAUAACCGUUUUUAACAUGUCAUUUUUGAUGUAAUGUCAUCAUCUAUAACUGUUUUACUUACUGACAUGUUGACCAGAUGGACAGGUUAGCUGAGGUGUCUGCAUCAGUCUCCCUGUGGAGCUCUGAAGAGUAACUGUUUUUUAAUGUGCAAAAAUCCACUUGAUUGUGUCUCUUUGAAUGUUCUGCAUUAUUGAACUAGCUUAAUGGGCUUCCUGUUUUUAAGUGCUUUGGUUUGGAAKUCUCUGAGUGGCAGAAUUCCCUCGACGACAUCCCCCCCGGCCAACCCUGCUGCCUUUAGAUACAUUUCCUCUCUCUCUGUAUCUGUCUCUGUCUCUCGUGCCUUUCUUUUUUCUAGCGUAUGGAUUAUGCUCCUUUAGAAUCUGAACUGAUAUACUUUGUUUCACCAUUGUAGAAUGAAUAUCAGUUUGGAUUCCAGGCUAAGAGGAUGCUAGUCGCAAGGAACAACAGGCUUUCUAAAACUAAAUGACUUCCUUAUUUACGCCCUC